AUGGCGAAGAAGAAGAGCAAACAGAUUAUUCGGCCAUGGUGUUGGUACUGUGAGCGGGAGUUCGAGGAUGAAAAGGUUCUAAUGCAGCAUCAGAAGGCUAAGCACUUCAAAUGCAAUCUAUGUCCUCGGCGUCUGAACACCGCGGGUGGAUUGGCAGUGCACAUACAGCAAGUCCACAAGCUUGAACCCGAAAACCUUCCCCGCAUCGAGAAUGCUCUUCCUGGAAGGGAUGGGUACGAAGUCGAAAUCUUCGGCAUGGAGGGUAUACCUGCGCCUGACGUUGCAGAUUACAAACGACGUAAGGAAAUAGAGCUAGGUCUUAAUCCAGGAACCAUCAGCCAACCUCAGUCCAAGCGGCCCAAAAUUGACAACCGUCCUCUCUCGGAGGAGGAGUUGAGGGUGCAGCUUCAAGCGCACAAGGCGCUCAUGGGAGGAUCUGACACCACUGCUGCCCCUGCGACCCCGGAAGGCGUUUCAGGCGCCGUAUAUGGUGCUCCGCAAGCGUAUGCUACACCGCCAGCCCCGGUUAUGCCACCUCCAUCAGCCUCGCCGCCAGGAAUGCCUUCAAUGAUGCCCCUAGGUGCGCCCCCUUUUGUCCCUGGUGCGAUACCGCCUGGUUUCCCAGGACAGCUUCCCCCGUUCCCAAUGCCUGGGAUGCCGGGCAUGCCUCCCGGUCCUCCUCCACCGGGAUUCUCGAUGCCACCGUUCGCGGGUUCCCCUCCCCCAGGCAUGUUCCCUCCUGGAAUGCCCCCGGCACCCUUCCCUCACGGCAUGCGUCCGCCUUUCCCACCUCCAUCUUUCCUGCCGCCUGGUGUUGUUCCUUCAUUCCCACCCAGUGGCGCGACUCCGCCUACCAUGCCAGUAACUCCCGUAGCCCCUGGGUCGUCGGUUUCCCCUCCUCCUCUGCUUCGCGUCUCGGGUGUAUCUGCUCUGCCCGCUGUUGCGACCCCGGCUGCGGUGCCACAACCGGUAUCUACCACUCCGCCCCCUUUGACACUCCCACAUCCGUCCUUAGCGCAGACUAAUCCUCCGUUCAAGAAAGCGACCGUUCUUAAGUGGUCAGAUGCAAACUUCGCUCCAGAGGAAAAACGCGCUUCGGAGCGCAAGUAUUAUUUCCCGAAGGGGCUGUCUAAGUCUGGUGAUUCUCAUGCCGUGCCUGGGCAGGAGGAGGCCAGGGGUAAGAAAAGAGCCCGCGCAGAAGAUUUCUUGUAA